AUGGGUCGACCUAGAGGUUCGAGCAACUUGGGCGCUGAUCCUCGUGGUGACACAGCCGCACCAGCAUUAUCGACACUGAACCGACGCGAUGCAACCAGUUCGGGUUCCGAAAAGGAUGCCAGAGAAAAAGCACAAAAGCCACAUUCCAAACGACGGAAAGCAAAGUCAGCUUUGCGUCGAUACGCUCGCAUCUCCCUGAAGUACACAUGGCUCAAUCCCUUGCUCAUAGUACUUGCCAUCUUGUCCGCUUACAGUGUCAACCCAGGCCCUCAGAAUCCUCUGCACAAGGCCUUAGUAAUCUCCUACAAUGAAGGUCCAGCGUUCCCAGGCGGUCCGAAUCGCUACGGAAAGGGCAAGGCAGAUUUUGCUUUCGUCUCCUUCUACACCGUCGUCCUCAGCUUUACCCGCGAGUUCAUAAUGCAGCAAGUCAUCCGUCCUACCGCGAUAAGAGCAGGAAUUAGAAACCGUGGAAAGCAGGCACGCUUCAUGGAACAGGUUUAUACCGCAAUGUACUUUGCCAUAUUUGGACCAUUUGGACUAUAUGUCAUGAAGAACGCGGAGGAAGGUGGAUUGUGGUACUUCAGGACUAUUAGCAUGUUCGAAGGCUUCCCACAUCGCGCACACGACGGCAUUUUCAAAGCCUACUAUCUGCUGCAAGCCUCGUAUUGGACACAACAAGCCAUUGUUCUUUUGCUUCAACUCGAGAAACCUCGAAAGGAUUUCAAAGAGCUAGUACUGCACCACAUCGUUACCCUGGCUCUUAUUGGUCUCUCCUACCGCUUUCACUUCGCAAAGAUGGGCAUUGCUGUUUUUAUCACACACGACAUAUCUGAUUUCUUCCUUGCUUCCUCCAAGACCCUUAACUACCUCGACAGCUUCAUCGUCGGGCCUUACUACCUCACAUUCAUUGGUGUAUGGGUCUAUCUUCGUCACUACAUCAAUUUACAUGUGCUAUGGUCUACCUUGACCGAGUUCCGUACUGUUGGUCCAUUCGAGCUGAACUGGGAGACACAACAAUACAAGUGUUUGCUUAGCCAAGUCAUUACCUUUAGCUUGCUGGCAUGUCUACAAGCAGUGAACCUGUUCUGGUUAUACCUGAUUCUGAGGAUCGCCAAGAAUUAUGUUUUCAACAAUGUUACUCAAGACGAAAGAAGUGAGGACGAAGCAACCGACCAGGAAGCCGAGGUCAAGGAGGAGAACAAGAAAUUAAAUGGGCACCCUGUGAAGAAACAGCUCGAAAAUGGCACGACCGUAGACAGCGACAAUCCUGUUGUCCUCGUGAACGGGCAACCCAUGGAAUCACAGGCCAAGCCAGAAGGCGUGCCACUGAGAAGAAGCCCAAGAAAAGGAUGA